GUUAUGAAGCAGUCCUUUUCCAGGAUUACGGGUUCAGCAGGAUGGCAGCAGAUACCCCAGUUGACCUAAUUUCAAAAGUGCUGGAGCAGCAGGUGCUUCAGUCUGCCCAAAUAAUAGAGGAACAGCUAGAUGCCGAGCUCAAUAAACUGGAACAAAUGGAUGAAGAUGAGUUGGAAAGGCUUAAAGAAAAAAGACUUGAAUCUCUGAAGAGAGCUCAGCAACAGAAGCAAGAAUGGCGUGCCAAAGGGCAUGGUGAAUACAGAGAGAUUCCAAGUGAAAAAGAUUUUUUCCAGGAAGUUAAAGACAGUAAAAACGUGGUUUGUCAUUUUUACAGAGACUCUACUAUCAGAUGCAAGAUACUUGACAAGCAUUUAGCAGUUUUAGCUAAAAAGCACAUCGAAACUAAGUUUUUGAAACUUAAUGCUGAAAAAGCCCCAUUCUUGUGUGAGAGACUGCGUAUAAAAGUCCUUCCAACUCUAGCACUGUUGAAGGAUGGAAAGACCAAGGAUUAUAUUGUUGGCUUCUCUGACUUGGGAAACACUGAUGAAUUUACAACGGAGACUUUAGAGUGGAGACUAGGGUGUGCUGAUAUCAUCAGUUACAGUGGAAAUUUGAUGGAGCCUCCAUUUCAGACUUCAAAAAAGCCUGGGACAGGCAUAUUUAAAAUAGAGAAAAAAACAAUCAGAGGAAAAGCAUACGAUUCAGAUUCUGAAGAUGACUGAAGACUAUGCAUUACCUGUACAUCUUCAUGCAUUUCAUUAAUUCAAAUAUGUGCUGCACUUUCUCCUGUCAUUUUUCGUAUGAAAUGUUAAUUUAUAAAUGCCCAUAAUACAUAUUUUCAUAAAGACUUUUUGUACAUUAGUUCAGAUUUAGAGAAUGCUCAUUCAGACAUGUUUGCUGUUGGCAGAAUGUGUAACCCUUGAUGCCAGUAGCAAAUAUAAGCUAUUAGAGGGUGGCCUAAUGGUUAAGGUGUUUGCCUUACAAACACAAGGUGCA